GAAUUGCAUAAAACUUAAUGAUGUAUGAGUUAUCCUUCAAUAAAAGGUUUGAUAUAUUUAUAGAGAGUUCAUCAAUCACUGAACCUAUCAUCGUCCACACCAACGAACCGUCGACAUUGAGGGAGGUUGCUAAUAAUUCGUUUGUCACAGAAUCUAUGAUCACCAGUAAAUCAUCAAGAUCAACAAACUCUGCAGAGACUGCCUUGUUAUACACCACUGAACGAUCAACUUCAAGAAAACUCGCUGGGACAACGACUCGAAAUUGUGACCAUCACGAACAGGAGAAAGAGCAAAGCAGUGAUUGCAUACCAAAUAUAAAAACCAUAAAAUUGUCAGUUACAUCGCUUGCUGAAGGAAACAUAUCAAAGUCAGAAGUAAAACAGAAACUUGAUAGCACUCUAAACGCAUUGCAAGCAUUUUCGCAAACCAAUGAACAUACUCCUGCAGAUCUGGAUAGCUCUCUAGACGUGUUGGACAAAAUCAUAGAUUUCUCGAAAACGUCAAAUGUUGCAGUUCCAGAGAUGGUGGUUGUCACGACAAUUGAUAACUUACUGGCUGAAAAUCACACGACUGCAUGGCAGGAUACGGCUACAGAACCAAUGACUGCCAGAGUCAGUAAAAUAUUGAAGACUGUUGACAAAUUUGGCAUGCACGUGUUAGAAAAUGUCAAGCAGAACGAAAGUAUCAGGUUUUCAUCCACAAAAAAUAUAGUUCUUACAGUUGCAAAUAUACCUGCUGACCAGGAUGUCAAUUUCCCGGAAAACAAAGGCAUCCUAAGAUCAUCAUUAAAUUUACCACCACAACUACGCCAUUCAACUGAAAGCAUAUCCUAUUUGGCAGUAAAGUACAAAACAAUCGGAGGCAUACUCAAUGAUAAGACAAGACAGAAGGGCAGUUUAAAAGAAACGGUGGGGUCUGACAUUCUAUCAUUAACACUAAAGAAUUUCCUACCGAAAGGGACAUUAAGACCACCUUUGAAAUUGACGUUUUCAAAAGAAAAUCCGGGUCCUUCUAUCAUCCAAUGUGUAUUUUGGGACUUUAAUCACAAUAAUGGAACUGGUGGGUGGUCAACAGCUGGAUGUAAAACAGAAGCAACACACGAUCUGUACACACAAUGUACAUGUAACCAUUUAACAAACUUUGCAAUAUUAUUGCGGCCAUACUCAAAGGUAUCGUCUUCGAAUAAUAUAUCAUAA